GCACAAUAACUGGAAGGAAACCGAUGAACAAUGACAUGACUUGCGCAGGCAAGGGGAGUAAGGUAGAGUUCUGUUGCAUUUCUCACGAAUUCUUUCGAACAGCGUACGCAAACCCUAGCAAAACCGCAGUGAUUCAUGCUACCGGCGGGGCGCACCUCAGCCGGGAGUUUCGCCGGGAAAAUUCCACCACCACCGACUUCAACGGCGACAUUGCCACCCUCUUAGAGAAGCACGUCGAGUCCAUAUCUCCGCCAUUUUACGACGGGGACCGGUGCUUCACUUACUCUCAUGUCUUGGAUGCGGUUCGUUCCCUCAGCUCACGCCUCCGCUCUAUCCUGCUUGGUGCGGAUGACCCACACUUGAUCACUGCACAAUCUCCAGGUAGCAAUGGUGUCAACCGUGAAAAGAGAACUGUACAGAAACCUGAAUCCUCGGAAACUGUCAUGCCCAGUGAAGAGGCGAUAGCUGAAUCAAGUGAAGAGUAUAGCCCAAAGAUAGUGGGGAUUUAUAUGCCUCCUUCUGUUGAAUAUAUUGUAGCCGUUCUUUCGGUACUUAGGUGUGGGGAAGCCUUCCUGCCUCUAGAUCCUUUUUGGCCAAAUGAAAGGAUAUUGUUUAUUGCCUCUUCUUCAAACGUUGAUCUGAUUAUAGGAUCCCAAUCUUCUUUUGGUAAAAGAAAUUUGGAGAAGCUUGAUGAAUCACAUUGGCUGGUAAAGUCAAGUAGUUGUCCAGUUUUGAAUUACUCCAUUGACCAAAAACUACAAGAUUGUAGUGGUCCAACAGAUUUGGCAUGGCCAUGUGUCUAUGAAAAACAAAGAUCAUUCUGCUAUGUGAUGUACACAUCUGGAUCAACAGGAAAACCUAAGGGAGUGUGUGGCACUGAACAAGGUCUUUGUAACCGCUUUUCAUGGAUGCAAGGAAUGUAUCCUCUGAAUGGACAGGAACUGUUGUUGUUUAAGUCAUCAGUUAGCUUCAUUGAUCACCUGCAAGAGUUUCUCAGUGCUAUUUUGACUGCUUGUGUGUUAGUUAUUCCUCCUUUCAACGAGCUAAAAGAAAAUUUGUAUUCUAUGGUAGAUUUCCUGCAGGCAUAUUUUGUUAAUAGGCUCACAGCCGUUCCAUCACUAAUGAAAACUAUUCUUCCUGGAUUGAAAACCAAUGCUAACAUGCGAGUUGAAAAUUCAUUGAAAUUGCUCGUGCUCAGCGGUGAAACUUUUUCGUUGACCUUGUGGGAGAUGCUUUCAACUAUAUUACCUAAGACAUCAAUCUUGAAUUUAUAUGGAAGCACUGAGUGUUGCUUUGUUCCUGCUAUUCAAUGCUUAUCUAGUCAUGCAUGUUGGAUAUUACAGAUUAAGGUCUCUGGUGACUGUACAUAUUUUGAUUGCAAGAGAAUGCCAUUGAUUUUUAAGGAAGAAAGGCUAACCAGUGUUCCAAUAGGUUUACCCAUUCCUAACUGUGAUGUGAUUCUUCUUAGUGAAAAGGAUGCAUCAAAUGAGGGAGAGCUAUAUGUUGGUGGUCAUUGCAUCUUUAGGGGUUACUACGAUGAAUCUAAGGAAAUGUCAUUUGCAGAGUUGCUUCCACAUUACGGUUGUGGUGAUUUUGUCAAAGGAUGCCAAGAUAAAUUAUACUUUAGAACAGGUGAUUUAGUCAAACAGUUGCCUAGUGGUGACUUUGUAUUUUUGGGAAGAAAAGAUCGCAUUAUAAAAAUCAACGGACAGCGUAUUGCCCUAGAAGAGGUUGAAGAUUUGUUAAGGGAGCAUCCACAUAUAAACGAUGCUGCUGUAGUUUGUCGAAAUAAUAAAGCAGAACUUGUGCUUGUUGAAGCCUUUAUCAUACUGAAGAAAAAAGAAAGCUUGGGUGAAUCAUUAAUACCUGCAAUCAGAAGUUGGAUGAUCAACAAACUUCCUUCUGUUGUACUUCCCAACCGUUACUUCUUUAUAGAAUCAUUCCCCCUGUCUCCUAGUGGUAAGGUUAAUUAUGAAUUGUUGUUUGGCUCAGAAUUAUUGACAAAGAAUGUCAAAGAUAAAGUUGGUGACAUUGAUUGCAGCAAUCUUUUGCAACUUAUUAAAAAGGCUUUUCAUGAUGCUUUGAUGAUUGAAAAGGUUUGUGAUGAUGAUGAUUUCUUUAUGAUGGGCGGUAACUCUCUUUCUGCUGCACAUGUUGCUUACAGUUUGGGGAUUGACAUGAGAUUUCUUUACUACUAUCCAAGUGCUCUUAAGCUUUGUAUGGCUCUUCUCCAGAAAAAAGGAUCUUGCACUUUGCAUAACAGUCUGGACUUUUGUUUGCAAAUAAACACAGACAGACAAGAUAACCAUAUUUCUAUUAAUCAUACUGAAAAUUCUAAUCCUCCUGAGUCUAGGAUGACUUCCAAAGAUAACAAUGAUGUUCCUUUUCCUUCUAAACGUUUAAAGAGGUGUUUGACAGAUGUUACAUCAUGGGGUGAUGAAUCAUUCCCAUGGUAUUCCCCUUCACUAUUAUCAUUCUCAUUGAACCGAUGCAACAAGGUCUUGCAUAAAGGGCAGCAGGAAGUAAUUGAUAUGCACCAAAAUACUUGGUCUGCAGACAUUCGUAGAGGCAACAGAGGUCACAUGAAAGACUUUUGGAAAGUUUACAUGGAGUCUUGUGUUGAUGCUUCACCAUUGCUUGUGUUUAAAGGCACACACAUUUAUUUGUUCAUUGGAUCUCACUCUCAUAAAUUUCUCUGCAUAAAUGCUAGAAGUGGUUCUGUCCAGUGGGAGAUCAAACUAGAAGGGCGCAUUGAAAGUACAGCGGCAAUUGUUUCUGAUUUUUCCCAGGUUGUUGUUGGUUGUUACAUGGGAAAAAUAUAUUUUCUUGAUUUUUUGAAUGGACACAUAUGUUGGAUUUUCCAAACUUCUGGUGAGGUAAAAUCACAGCCGGUUGUAGACAAACGCAGACAAUUGAUCUGGUGUGGCUCACAUGAUCAUAAUUUAUAUGCUCUUGAUUACAAAAAACAUUGCUGCGUAUUCAAGCUACCAUGUGGAGGCAGUAUAUAUGGGUCACCUGCAAUUGAUGAGGCUCGUGACUUGCUUUAUGUGGCCUCCACUGGUGGUCGUUUAACAGCUAUAUCAUUAUCGGCUUUUCCUUUCACUAUUUUGUGGCUAAAUGAAUUAGAAGUUCCUGUGUUUGGUUCUCUUGCAGUCGCCUACAAUGGAACUGUAGUAUUUUUUUUCCGCUUUCUUCUAGUGAUAUGUUGCUUGGUAGAUGGUCAUGUUGUUGCAUUGAGUCCAAAUGGAUCCAUUGUUUGGAAGAAAACAACUGAUGGUCCAAUAUUUGCUGGGUCAUGCAUACCUUCUGUUCUUCCUGAUGUGGUGCUUGUAUGCUCCAGAAGCGGAAGUGUAUACUCAUUCAAACUGGAGGAGGGGGACCUACUAUGGGAAUACAAUGUUGGACAUCCAAUUACAGCAUCUGCUUAUGUUGACGAGCACAUGCUGGUGGAGUCUGAUGCUUCCAAUUCCUCAGACAGGCUAAUUUGCAUUUGUUCCAGUUCUGGAGGCAUACACCUUCUUCGAGUGAACAUGAAUCUUUCCAAAGAUACUUAUAAACAAAGAAGCUAUGUGCAAGAAUUUGCAAAGCUAAACUUGGCAGGGGAUAUAUUCUCUUCACCUUUAAUGAUUGGUGGUCGGAUUUUUGUUGGUUGUCGGGAUGACUACUUGCAUUGUAUUGCCCUUGAAAUUCCAAAACAACAAGAAACUUAAAGUUUAUAUAUUUUAAAUUUGGUGCACUGUGUAGGUGGAUUGAUUCUGUGUGUAGUCUGAAAUGUAUUCAAAAGCUUUAACUGAUGUUAGAUUUGUUUAAUCUUACAGUUCUCUAGUGAUCAAAACGAAAGAAUGAAUAAAAAUAGUUAUCGAAGGCUGA